CAAGUUGACCCCUAAGAUCACUGUUUCCUAUUUGUCUUAUGCAUAAUUUUAUGAGUUUUGGUUAAAGUUAUAAAACAAUCACCGUUGCAUUUCGAAUGCAUAGUCGUGGUUGUGAAACCAGGGUGUGUUUCUCUUGGAUAAUAUUAAUAUAAGCCACAAUGAAGGUAAACGAAUUUGAAGUUGUUAUUUCUGGAGUUGGUGGUCUCUUCCCCAAAGCAAACAACAUCGAAGAGCUGAAACAACGCCUCUUGGACAAUGAGGUUCUUUUGGAACAUCGUUGGAAGUAUGGUGAACGUGGCUGCACCAACGUCAUAGGAAAAAUAGACGUGGAAACCUUCGACAACGCCUUCUUCGGUAUACAUCGUCAGCAAUGUACCUACAUGGACCCCAUGCAACGUUUGGUUCUCGAAAGAACCUUCGAAGCCCUAUUGGAUGCUGGUGUGAAUCCUGCCGAUAUCAGAGGCCGCAGGAUUGGAUGUUUCAUGGGUUCGAGUGUUGGAGAAAAUGACAACUUGUUCUUGGAGUCUGUGGUCAGCGGUUUUGGUGUCACUGGUCACUCGAGAGCUAUGAUGCCCAACAGAGUUUCUUAUUGGUUGAAUUUGAAGGGACCAAGUGUGGCCUACGACAGCAAUUGGGUCAGUGGAAUCGAAAUUCUUCGUAUUGCCUUCGAUGCUAUCAAGAGUGGACAAUGUGAAGCUGCCAUCGUUGGUACUGCUAAUCUUGCUCUGAACUCAGAGUUUCAGUUCUUGUACAGUGACAUGGGAAUUUUAUCUCCUGAUGGAAGCAACAAGUCUUACGACGCUGAAGCAACCGGUUACGCAAGAAGUGAUGGUGUAGUAGUCUUAUUCGUCCAGAGGGCUGAAGAAGCCAGAAGAUCCUACGCCAACAUCGUCCAUGUUGCUACACGUUUCGAUGGACAUCGUGAAGGUAAACUCACGGACAUAGAUGUGGACAACCUCACCGAGUUCCUUGGUGAAUUUUAUGAAACCGCUAAAGUAGAUCCCAGAGACGUCGAGUUUGUGGAAGCCUAUGGUGCUGCUAUAAAGGAGACUGAUAAAAAGGAGAUAGAAGCUUUGGAAAGGAUCUUCUGCAAGGACCGCAAAACCCCUCUGUUGAUAGGCAGCGUCAAACCCAAUGCAGGACACAGUGAAGCCACUUCGGCCAUGUUUAGUAUUGUUAAAUCCUUGAUAGCUAUUGAAAAUGAUACUAUACCAGCUACACUCCAAUACACCAAACCUAACCCUGAAAUUCCUGCUUUGGUUAAUGGUACCAUUCAGGUCGUCAGUGAGAACAGGAAGUUCAAUCCAAAAUACGUUGCUGUUAACGCUUUGGGUUUAGAUUCUUACUAUGCACAUAUUUUGCUCAAGGCUAAUCCCAAGAAGCUGCCAGCUAAGAUCAAUGAUUUGCCUAGACUUCUUUUGGCUUCAACAAGAACUGAAGAGGGUAUCAAAGCUAUUCUCGAAGUUUUCAAAACGCGUGAGGACAUAAACGAUGAGUAUGUGUCCCUUGUUCAAGGAGUAUAUUCGAAACCUAUCCUUGGACAUCUUCAUCGUGGUUAUUCUCUACAAGGUGCUGAAGAUGUUAAAUGUGAAUCUGAAACUCACUUGGGUAACAAACGCCAAAUAUGGUUUAUUUACUCUGGUAUGGGCAGUCAAUGGGCCGGUAUGGCUAGCGACUUGAUGAAAAUACCAGUGUUCAAUGAUGCAAUCCAGAAAUGCCAACAAGUCCUGUUAAAGAAGGGAGUAGAUCUCAUUUCUAUCAUAACCAAUCCUGACAAGAGCGUUUACGAUAAUAUUUUGAACUCCUUCGUUGGUAUUGCAGCAAUUCAGAUUGGUUUGACCGACGUCCUACAUUCCAUUGGUAUCACACCAGAUGGAAUCAUGGGUCAUUCAGUUGGUGAAUUAGGAUGUGCUUAUGCUGAUGGAUGCGUCUCAGCUGAGCAGAUGAUUAUGUGUGCUUAUUCCAGAGGAAAAGCUUCCUUGGAAGCUGAGUUGAUUCCAGGAAUGAUGGCUGCAAUAGGUUUGGGAUACAACCAAAUCAAGGACAGAUGCCCUGAAAGCAUCGAGGUAGCUUGCCACAACGGUCCAGACAGUUCAACCAUAUCUGGACCAACCAAAGACAUGGAAGUCUUCGUCAAACAACUACAAGACGAUGGAAUCUUCGCCAGAUUGGUCAACGUUUCCAACAUAGCUUACCACAGUAGAUAUAUCAAACCAGCAGCUCCACUUUUACUGAACUACCUCAACGAGGUGAUCCCAACACCUGUGGCAAGGUCUCCUAAGUGGGUCAGUACUUCGAAUUUGGAGGAGAACUGGGGAACGGACUUGGCCAAGCAUUCUUCAGCUGAGUAUCACACCAAUAACUUGCUCAGUUCUGUGUUGUUUGAGGAAGGUUUACAUCACAUUCCCAAGGAUUCUGUACUCAUCGAAAUAGCUCCACAUGGUCUCCUUCAGGCUAUCCUUAAGAGAUCCUUGAAACCUGGGUGUACCAAUGUUCCUCUCACUCAACGUGGCAGCAAGAGUGGUGUUGAGUUCUUAUUCAACAGUCUUGGAAAGUUGUACUUGGCUGGUUUAGAUUUGAACAUUCAAAACUUAUAUCCCAAAAUUGAGUUCCCGGUUAGUCGUGGUACUCCUAGUUUGUCCAAUCUGGCACAUUGGGAACACAGUGAAACAUGGAGAACUGGUCUGGAAGACAAGAUCAAUUCUAUGUUGUACGGUGUGAGAAAUAUAGAUGUUUCUUUGAACACUGAAGAGUUCAGAGAGUUCGUUGGUCAUCAGCUAGAUGAUGAGGUUAUCUUACCUUCAAGUGCUUACUUGAAUAUAGUAGCUCAGAUCAUCUCUAGUAUCAGCAGUGGACACCAAGAGGUGGUUUUUGAAAAUCUUCACUUCAGAAGCUGUUUGAAUAUUCCUAAAAUGGGUGCUGUUGCAAUGCAUGCUAUGAUCCAAAAGGGUAGUGGUUCUUUCGAAGUUUUGGCAGAUGGAGAAAUUGUAGUGACCGGAAAGAUGACUUUCCCCCUAUCCACAGACAAGUUCAUUCAAGAAGAUACCGAAUUACAGAUAAAUGAGGAAUAUGUUCAAUUAUCUGGCAAUGACGUCUAUAAUGAAUUCCAACAUCGUGGCUACAAAUAUUCUGGACCUUUCAAGACCAUCAAGAACUUGAUGAUCACAGAAGAAGGUUCAAUCGGUACUCUUCAAUGGAAUAACAAUUGGCCAAUGUUCUUAGAAGGCAUCUUCCAACAAUACCUCUUGCAAGCAGGAGAACGCAACCAAGAUAUCCAGGUGCCAAGGGUCAUUCAGAAGAUUGCACUUUCACAAGGAGAUCUUCCUUCAGAGAAGUGUGAUUUGACUGUUCACUACAAUUACUCAACACAAAUUUUGGCCACCAAGGGUAUCCAAGUCGUAGGAAUUGAAUCAACUUCCAUCCCAAGAAGACAAAGAGAAAUUUCCUAUGAAUCCAUUGAAUUCUUCCCUCUCAACAAUACGAGCACAGGAAUGCAAGACAUCUUACACGCAUCCCUAUACCUGGCUAUUGAAAGCUUCUCAGGUUCUGAAGGCGUAGCUACAGUGAUGGUCACCGAAAUCGAGACUGAAAAAUCACUGAACGAACCGCUUAAAGACGUUUUAGCACACUUCAAGAAGUUCAACCCCAACGUUGCUAAGGCAUCCAAUCUGAAAGAUGUGAUGAUACAACAAGCAUAUCCCUCCCUUUACAUUUACAAUGACUACAUUAACGAUGAGUUGGCUAGGAUAACUGCUGCCAGCAAUGGUUUCCUUUUGGUGAAAACAAACAAAGAUAUUUUGUCCAACAACCAAUUGAUACAGAUAGCCCAAUGGAACGUUGGUGGUGUCAGCUAUUCCCUUCUGAAGAAGGUACCACUGAAAGAACCAACUAUUAUCUUAGUUAAAGGGGAAACACUCAGCACCAAGGAUUUCUCUAGAGGAUCUGUGACUUGGGUGAAUGAGCUCACUGCUGCAGCAAGCUCGAACCCUGAUGGUGUUCUUCUGGUAUCAACAGUUAUGCCUGUUGAAGGUCUUGUCAAUUUCGCUCAAGAGCUCAGAUCUGUGCCAAAUUUGAAUAAGGUCUUCUGUUUCUUCAACUUCGACAAGAGAUCCAGUGAGAUAAACGUGAAGGAUACUUUGUACCAAAAUAUUUACAGGUACAGCAUUGGUUUAUCCGUUCUCAAAGACGGAGUUUUUGGCACCUACCUGCCAAUUCCAAUCAUCUACAAGGGCAAUAUCCAGCAGAAUCUUUCUUUGGCCUCUAACGUUAUCAACAACAAGACUAUUCAAUACUUGAGUGUGAAUCCAGUGGAUGAAACUAUUGAUCCACCUAUGUACAAGCCUGUAAAACUUGGUAAUAUCGAUUACUCUGCAGUAACAAGUUCUGGCAAAAGGGUUAUGGGUCUGGCCAAGAUAGACGAAGAUACUUUCAAGCUUCUGCCUGAUCCCAUCUUCUGCUGGGAACUACCUGAGGAGUGGACUAUCCAAGAUGGUGCAACAGUGCCUAACGCAUUCGCUUGUGCCUACUAUGCACUGAAAUAUAAGGGAGAUCUUGUAGCCGGAAACACUGUUCUGAUCCAUGGAGGUUGCACGAGUAUAGGAAUGGCUGCUAUAUGUAUUGCCUCUACUUAUGGUUGUCACAUCUACACCACAGUGGCAGACAAUUUGCAAAGGGCUUUCUUGAAGAAACACUUUGUAUUUUUGAAAGACCGCAACAUCUUAAGCAGCACUGACUCAACCUUCGAACCAGCUCUUCUAACUGCAACCGGAGGAUCUGGUGCUGAUGUAGUUAUGAACUGCCUUUCAGGACCUCUACUCCAAGCCUCAAUGGGAUGUUUGGCAAGCUACGGAAGGUUCAUCCAGUAUGGUAAAUACGACGUCGACGAAAAUAACUCUAUAGGAAUGUUUGUGUUCUUGAGAAACGUAUCUUUCUACGUUGUGGACUUCAACGAUCUACUCAACGAGGAAGAUAGUGUUAAGAAUGAGAUUAAAGACUGGCUCCAGGAAGGUUUGAAAGAGUUGGCUGUCAGACCUCUGCAUAGGAAGGUGGUUGAACACCAAGACGUCAAGUUGAUCCUGAAUAAUUUGAGAAACAACGGAAACAUAGGAAAGACUGUCAUCAAGAUAAACAAUACCCUGGAGAUGAACAAAUUUAACGUGAAGAAAUCCAAUCAGUUCAUAUGUGAUGGAAAGAGCUCCUAUUUAAUUUAUGGAGGAAGUGCUGAAGCAUGGACCGAUCUAGCUGAAUGGCUUAUCCUUAGAGGUGCAAGAAGGAUUGUUGUCGCUUCUGAUUCGAAACCUCAGCAAGUGCACAUCAACAGACGUUUGUCGCUGCUGCUCUCCUACUUUGGUGCUGAGAUUAUUCUGUCUCAAACUAAAUCCCAUGUGAGAGAAGGUGCAGCUGAACUACUUUCAGAAGUUUAUUGUCUAGGAUCUAUCCACAUGGUAUUCUUGCUUCCAAGCAAAACCAAUCUUUCGAAGACACAUGACAACAGGACUGUGCAGUAUAUAGACCACUCCUUACGCACUACAGCGCCCAAAGCUCUGUUUAUAAACUUCAUAAGUAGUGGUGCAGGUUUAGCUCAAGCUAGAGCAGAUGCUGGAUUUAACACCUUCAACAUUCAGUACGACAAAGGGUUAGACUUCAGCUCUGCACUCCUCAGCUUGGACGAUAUUCUGUCCUUCAGGGUUAAGAACAUCAUUAUAAAAGACGAUAAAUUGGAAGAUUUCAAUCAAGAAACAGCUGCUGUUCUAUUCAAGAAGCUUGACUACAUCCUGCCAGCUUCUAUAGAAGAACUGACCGAACAAUAUGUUAAAGCUCCCAAGAAACCUGACUUCAUUCAACUACCAACUCUAGGACCAAGGAAGAUAAGGGAGCUAGCUCCAAUGUUUGUCAUUCCAGGACUAACGGAUAUUUCAAGAAUAAAGGACCUUGCCUUGGAGCUCUUAUACCCCACAUAUUGCGCAGUGUAUUCUCAACAAAACCAAAGCAUUACCCAACUAGCCAACGAUUUUGUGGUACGCAUGAAGGCGAUAUGGCCUAAGGGUCCAUACACCUUGGUUGGAGUAUCUUGGGGUGGAGCACUUACAAUGGAGAUCGCCAGGAUAUUGGAUCAGCAGAAAGCCAGCAUCCACGUCUACCUCAUAGAUGGUGCACCAAAAACCUUACAGAUGGCUCUCAUGAACUUGGGAGAGACCGCAAGCAAUGUUGAACUGAAUUUGAUCACUAGGUACUUCAAAAUCAACGAAGCAUCUCUCAUCGAAAAGUUGAGUAACAAAGCAGAUUGGGAUUCUCGAGUAGCGUUAGCCUUGCAAGAGUAUACUGGAACCUUACACGACAAAGCGGCUGCCAAGAAAGCUCUAACAAACCUGAGAGACAAAUUGAGGGAUAUUAUUUCAUACAGAAAACCUGAGGAGAGGUUAUCUGGAGAAAUAUACUUGUUAAGACCUUCUGGUUGCAGCAAACAUGAUGGUUGCGAUCUUUUAGAGGCAUCCAAACGUACCCUUGCUGUUCACAUAAUAGAGGGAGAUCACACAAGCAUCGUUAAGAGUCCAGAAACUGCGUUAUUGAUAAAUCAAACUUUCUCAUUAAUUUGAAGAUGUUAUUCACGAAGAAAUAAAUGAUUUUUCAGAA